CGUGCUGUGGCGGCUGCGGGCGGCGGAGCGCGGAGGAGGAUGAGCUGUGCGGGCGGGCGCCGCCGGGCGCGAGUGUCCCGUGUCGUCUCUUUCAGCGCGACUCACCGGCUGCACAGCAAAUCCCUGAGUAAUGAAGAAAAUUUGAAACUGUUUGGAAAAUGCAACAAUCCAAAUGGCCAUGGGCACAAUUAUAAAGUUGUGGUGACAGUACAUGGAGAGAUUGAUCCUGUCACUGGGAUGGUAAUGAAUUUGACUGACCUCAAAGAGUAUAUGGAGAAGGCAAUUAUGAAGCCUCUUGAUCAUAAGAAUCUGGAUCUGGAUGUGCCACACUUUGCAGACGUUGUAAGCACGACAGAAAAUGUAGCUGUGUAUAUCUGGGAAAAUCUCCAGAAAUUUCUUCCUGUGGGAGUUCUUUAUAAAGUUAAAGUAUAUGAAACUGACAACAAUAUUGUAGUCUAUAAAGGAGAAUAGUUCCUAGGGGUUAAUAUUAUGGAAAGACUUAAUUUCUUUUCAAAUUUGAAAAAGAUCUUUAUUCCCUUGGACAAUUAAGAAGUCUUCCCAAAAUUGUCACACAUCUACAUUGUCUUCUGGAGAGCCUGAUUUAUUGGAGUAAGCCCUAUUUUAAACUCAAAUCUGUUUUAAAACCAAAUUUAUAAUGUAAUCCUGAGUAUCAUUUAGAAAGCCUUUUAUCUGUAGAUUAAAAAUCUCUUCAUUUUCAGCAGAAUGACUUGGUAUGGCAUUAUUUGAAAGCAAAACAAGUCUUUUUUGUUGGUUGUUUCAUUGUCAUUUUUUAGUAUUCAUUUUUUUCUUGGUAUAAUUAAAAAAGCAAACCUGUUUAUAAUAUUUUGCAGUAGAUGGAUCUUAUAAAAAAUAAAAUGAUCGGGCCUCCCCGGUGGCGCAGUGGUUGAGCUUUGGGUUGCCAGGCUGCCAGUGGCCUCUGCAGCGCAGCGCUGGUUCGAUCCCCAGCCACCAGAGGAGGGUCCCAUGUGGUGCGCAGAACUCUCCUGCCACCCACUGCUCCCCUCAGCAGUGUACUUCGGUCCUUCUGCCUGUUCUGCUCCCUGCUCUGGCUCUGGUGAAUUCUCUCACCCUCCCCCGCUUCUUGACUGUACCCAGUGCUUGUAUAAAUAAAUUAAUAAAUCUUUAAAAAAAAAAUAAAAUGAUCACAAGGUUUGGUAACAUAGACAACAUGUAUUUCUUUAUAGACUGAGUGUCUUUGAUUACUUCUCAGGUAUGCUAAAGGCAAAAGUUUAUUUAGUGAAAACUAGACACGCAAAUCAUCUGAGACACACAGAUCACCCAUUGUAGAUGGAUGUACAAGGACCAGUGGAAAUGCUGCCUUAGUGCACAUUGUUCAUGGAAGCUUGGCACAGCUUAUUGGACUAUAUAUCGCUAGUGAGGAACAAUAUGGAAUAUCAGUAAACUACUUAUCAUGUAUUUGUCUCUGUCUCUAGACCUUAUGUCCCCCUGAACAAUUUUAAUUCAGAAAACUGAAGAAUAGUCACAUAUAUUAAAGCCUGUUAAAAUAGUCAGCAGAAAAGGGUAUAUUACCUGGUAAAGCAUCUCUAGUACAGUGUUUCCUAAUUGAUACCCUUUUGUUCUGAUCAUUAAACUUACCUCCUUAUGUUCAACUCUAUUCUUGACAUUCAACUCAGGUAGCAACUUGUUUACAAUGAAUUCUCAGAAUGGCGCCCCCUGAAAAUCGUGGAAGGACUUGCACAGUGAUUACUAUUCUGGAAAAAUUUUAAGGAAGUGUACUUUUAUUUUGAAGAGUUAGUCACUACAGGAAUUUUAUUAUAAUU